UGUGUCUCUGUGCACUUAAGUAAUAUGUGCAGUUUUUAAAGGAGCCCCAAGGUGAGGAUGUGGCUCCAUGAAAACAACCUCAUCAGAAUUCAGCCACCCUUCCUCCCCCAUUCUUCUCCUGCCAUCUUAGGCUUUGUGUGCCCUUUGGUUUUUUCACUGAUCCUUGUUUGGUUCAUCAAGAGCUUGGGUUCUGGAGUCACACAGCUCUGGACUUGAUUCCUUAGCUUGCACAAGAUUCUAGGUUUGGGGUGUGAGGGUGAUCUGGCUGCAUAUGUCACCCCCUUAAAUAACCAGAGUUGAUUUAGUGGAUAUGACUGAAGAGGCAGAUAUCCCUUUUUUCUUCACUGCCUUGUGUGUCCAUUCUGGUUGGAUAUAGAGGUGAAAAAAGGCCUUGAACAUACAGAUAAGCACUGUGUGAGAAACUGGAAAAGUUAAACACACAUCUAUCUUACCUCUUCCUGGAAUGCCAGGAAUGAUGUAGUUUUACAUCCUGAUGAUUAUUUGCUGUCUGAUGAGACAUGCUGCCCAUAUCUUAGAGAACUUUGGUUUUUACUUACCCCAGACCUUUUCCUCUAAAUCUUGAGUGUUGCUUUUAGGCCAUAAAGCCCAUGCUUAUGAGUGAUGUCACUUGUGCUUUACCACAGCCUAAGUACUUCUUUGUUAUUUUAGGGCCAGGCCAAUCCUGACUCCCACGGGUGUUGUUUGCCCCAGUCAUUCUCCCUAGACCCUGAUCCUGAGCAUUGUGUCUGAGUGAACAGAAACCGUCUCACAGGUUCCUGAAGGCUUCAAGAGAAACCAGAUUUAGGGAAGGCUCGAUGGCCCUUGGUGAAGAUGAGGCUGAGGCAGAAGCAUCUGUCAACACAAAGGUCCCACCUUGUAGCAGGUGGAAUUCUGGGGAACUGCUGUCCCCAGGACUAGAACCAGAGCAGCCCCCACAUCUGGAAGUCGAGGGAGGGCCACUGUGGAGGGCUGAGGCCAACCCUGGCUGCAUCUCUGGAGUUUUUUUAUCACAGGUCCACCCUGCCAGUAGAGAACCUGUAGCAGACAGGUCUAAGCCUACCCUCAACAGCCCACUGCCUUCUGCCAGCGUGGGGACUGAAGAGCGUUUACCCUCUAUGGAAAGCCAAAUGGAGGAAAACAGGCUUCCUGCCUCCCAGGAGCUAAUUCAGACUGUUAAAGUCCUUGGAACUAUAACUGUUUGCUCAGGACAUGAUGCUGACAGUGAAGUUGACCAGUCUGCAGUUGAUUCAUCUCAGGUGCUAGGCCUUAGCCAGCAGCCUCAUAUCUCAGGUCUCCCUCUUCUAGCACAGUGGAAGUGCACAGGGAACCCCGUUGCUCCUCAGCUCUCUAGCAGAAGCAUCUCUGCCUCUUCAGUGGGCAGUAGUCUCCAGGAUCACCAGGAGAAGGCAGAGCCUCAGAGUGGCUCCUUUGCUAACACGUCCUCUCAGGAGUUGACUGUACCACAGGCAGCCCCUUCCGUGAUGGAGAUAGGGCCUCAGCUCCAGUGGUCAUCACAGCCUGUAGCCUCUGGCAGUGAUGUUGCAGGCCUGGGUAAGAGACAACUCUCCUUUCAAGCAGAGUACUGGGCCUGUGUACUGCCAGAUUCUCUGCCUCCUUCCCCUAACCGCCAGUCCCCACUCUGGAACCCGAAUAAGGAGUAUGAAGAUCUACUUGACUAUACUUACCCACUGAGGCCUGGGCCUCAGCUCCCAAAGCAACUUGCAAGUCAUGUGCAGACUGACCCUGUGAUGCAAGACUCAGGUGUAGAUCUGGACAGUUUCUCUGUCUCCCCAGCAAGUACUCUCAAGUCACUCACUAAUGUCUCCCACAGUUGCUCAUCAGCAGAAGUGCCUGCUCUGCCAUUUUCUGGAGCCAGAGAGCCAUGUCUUAAGCGCUGUCCCUUGGGAGUAUCCCAGAAACAGGGUGGCAUAAGCUUGGCAUCCUGGAACCAGCUUGCAUCGACUCCUAGAGCCCCAGGGACUGAGGAUGCUUCUUGGGGGAACAGAGAAGCAGCCAUGAGGGGCACAAAGGACUGUCCACCAGUAGGCAAGAACCUCAGUGUUGGCUCUCCUCAGCUGAGGACAAAGGAGAGAGAGCAGUCCUUUCCCACACUGGCGAGGGAGAAGAAAGCCAGCCAGAACACUGGGCAUCCCACCUAUGUGAAGCCUGGAUGGACAGCAGAAGAGGAGAUGGAAAGUGAUGAUGAGUACCUUGCUCUGCCCACAAGACUGACUCAGGUUUCUAGUUUGGUAUCCUACUUAGGUGCCAUUCCGACAUUUGUGAACCUACCCACUGGGGCUGCUGAGGAGCACAGUUCAUUGGAAGUCUCAGACAGUGAUAGACCAGCUUCCCCUACAGUGGAUUCCAGCCAAACACAGCAUCCUUCUGGGGCUGCCUUUCAAGGCCCUGCAGGCCAGAAACACUGCUUCAUGCACUCUAUCGCGCCCCAGGACUCCACAGGCAAAAGUAGUCUGAUGGGUAGUCAAGCCCUCAGGGUCUCUUCUGGACUGCUGAAAACUCAACCCUCCUUGCAAGCUGCGCAGGACAGGUGGUCAUUCUCAGAGCAAAUUGCUGGAGGGAAGCUUCCCAGGAAAGCAGGAGAGUGGGAAAAAGCUUCCCUGGUGCAGUGUGUGCAGACAUUUUGCUGUCAGCUAGAAGAGCUGAUCUGCUGGUUGUAUAAUGUCACGGAUGUUGCUGAGCUCAGUACUCCAUCGAGGUCCAGUCUUACAGGCCUCAAGUCCUCUCUGCAGCUUUACCGGCAAUUUAAGAAAGAUGUGGAUGAACAUCAGUCCCUGACAGACAGUGUCUUGGAGAAGGGAGAGAUUCUUCUUCAGUGCCUGUUGGAUAAUACCCCAGUUUUAAAGGAUGUCCUUGAGAGGAUCGCAAAACAGUCUGGAGAGCUGGAGAACCAUGCAGAUCACCUCUAUGACUCUAUCUUAGCCUCUUUGGACAUGCUGGCUGGCUGCACCCUCAUCCCUGACAACAGGCCUACAGCAGCAAAAGAACACCCUCAUGAACAACUUUAAGUGUCACCCCGGGCAGAGUGGAUUAUCACCACCUAAGUUGGCCUUGGGAAGAAAACUCAAGAACCCCUUGUAAGGGCCAUUUAAUAGUUAAGGCAGGGGAGGAAAACUCAACUGUAACAUAUUUGCUUUACUUGCCUUCUCACUCUGAAGGCUUCUUGAGUUACAAUGAAUCCUUCCAAACAAAGGCUUUCCUUCUGGUGCUUCCCUACCAAAAAUAAGUGGCUUUAUAAUUUUUGGGGGUGGGUUUAUGUACCCCUUCUGUUUAAAAAAAUAGCAGAUAAAAUGUGUUGAGGCCAUUUACAGAAAGCUGCUCAAGAAAGAAGGUUCCAAGUACUUGGGAUUCUCAGGCAUACACAGGGAUGGUAUCUGAGAGAGUGAAAAAGUUAGUGGCCAAACCUGUGGAUCUUUUCCUAAACUGAAGUUGAGUUUUUUGAAGACCUAUUAGCCCUUAGUCUACAGUAGGUCAGUAGAACCUCUAGAGUCCUUUGGACAGCACUAGAUCAGUUAGUUGCCAUCUUUAGUGGUUAGUCUCUGCUUUCUUCAUUAACUAUUUCAUCAGAAGUUGGAGGUCUGCCAUCAUGUUCUGAAGUGCAAACUUUUGCUUAUCUCUGGGCCACUCAAUCCUCUUUCCCCUGGAAAACUAGUGAGAGGAAGGGAAUGGAACAGCCACACAGUCUGAUCUUUACAGAAAUUAAAGCAGCCUAUGGUGAUGAAAAAAGGGACAUUCUUUGUUGCUUGGGAGUUAAAAGUAGUGCCUUGUCAGGAAGAAAAUUCUAUGGAUCAGUUGCUCAAAAUACCAUUUACAGAUAUUGAAGGAAAGUGAUUGUAUGCUGGUUACCACAAAUUCCACAAAGUAUCAAAGAUAGGUUUUUCAGCUUAAGAACAGAAAAAAAUAAAGAUUUGCUAUUUAGAUAAGCAUGGUAUAAUCCUAGCAUUAAUCCUAGCAUUUGGGAUUAUAUCUUUGAGUUUGAGGCUAGCCUGGUUUAUAAUGAUUAGAGUUCCAGGCUGCCAGGGCUAGAUGAUGAGAAAUAUUAGCUGAUUGGUAAGUAUAUAUAAAAUACAUAAAAUAAAAGUAUUUUCACAUGCCUGCUGCUAUACAGUAUGACUUAAUGUAAUGUUUAUGAGCAUGAUCCAAAAUAAAGGAUUUUGGUUUGAUUUGGUUUUUAAAGACAGGGUUUCUCUGUGUAGCCCUGGCUGUCCUGAAACUCCCUCUGUAGACCAGGCUGGCCUCAAACUCAGAGAUCCACCUGCCACUGCAUCCUGAGUGCUGGGAUUAAAGAUAUGUGCCACGGGUGCCCAGUUCAAAUUAAAGUUUCCUGAUUCUGACAUCUCUAAGCUUAUUGUACACCGUGCAUAAUGUGCUUUCAAAAGGGAAAAAAAAUGCUUUUCUACCAAAUGAUUAACAGUUUUAUAUGUAAAAAAUCCUAUAAAACAGAGUUAGUUAAAAGUUAGUACAUCUUACCUCUUUGAUGUGGCUUUAAACUGCCUUCCCACCAGUAUGCUAGAGGAACCCUCAAGGAAUAAAACCCAUUUAAUAGGCAUGGAAGUCAGUUAACACAAAACCUGAACAUGGCAGAACCUUACAGAAAAGAGCUAGCCAGCUGCACCAACUGAAUGCAGAAUAGGGCACACAUGUUCUUCUUCAUGUGUAAUUACAAUCGCUUCAACUGACAAAUGUUUUGGAAUUCACUGUUUCCCAACUUGCUGAACAUGGUCUAUGCUUUUGUUCAUCCUCUUUGUAACAAAAAGAUACUCUUUUGUAACUAAAGAAUGCAAACUCUGACCUUGACUGUGAAUGCCAUUUAGGAAUACCAACACAAUUGUUCAUUACAUUUUCUGCCAUGUGUUAAGAAGUUUGAGUUGAAAUUGUCAUCAACCUAGGAUGACACCAGCAUUUCUAUGUGCAAAUGUGGCCAGGGUGGAUUCAAAUAGCCAUAUCAGAAUUUAUAAAUGGUCCCUUAAAGCUCGUUGAGUUCACAGUGAAGUAGCACUAUCACUAAACUCUGGCACAAAACAAGAGGUUUCAAACACAGGCUGUUUUGAAACUUAGAUGGAACCCAAAAGAAGCAUGAUGGUGACAGGUAUGCUGGAAUCGCCACUUAUAUGUCUGGGGAGACUUCAAGUGUGCACUGGAAAUCAGCAGUGAGCCUGGUGUCUAUUCGUUAGGGAUUCCCAGCCAUGGUCACUGAGUAGGAUGCUCUUCAUUAUGCAAGUUACUGUAUGGCAGUCAUUCUUCUUAAAAAAAAAUAUAUCAAGGGACAGUUUUCUAUUAUGUGAACAAAUUAGAACUCCCAAAACUCUUGAAAUGUUUUUACUUGAAAAAUAGGAUACUUUUCCCUCCAAAACUGCAAUUAAUUGGCACAUGCAUAAAAGGAAAUAGUGAAGUAUACUGAAAUGGUGUGGUAAGCCCUAAUCUUGCUGCUGGUGGGGAAAGAACACUAGAAUUUUACAAAGUCUGUAAAUAUGUUCAUAUUAAAAAUAAAUUCAUAUAAUGUUUUCCGCUAACAAAGAAUAAGCUGACAGCUUGAACGUUUGCUGUGUAAAUGUAAAGUACAUGGCAUCACUUCGUCUAUAUCAUUUAGUUAUGAUAGAAAAGUUUACAAACCAACAGCAACAAAAGGUAAAAAAAAAAAAAAAAGUUGACCCAUUACUGGUGACUUCAGGAAUUUCCAGUUGCCUUAUUUUAUAGAAGGAUGAAUAGACCCAACAAGCACAUCUAUAAUACAAAGUAAACUAUGAUUUUUAUUGUGAAAUUCUCAUAGAUGGAAAAUUAAAUUGAAUAUUUAUUCUGUCCAUUUUUCAUUUUACAAUUAUCUCACCACUUAUUUUUGUACCAUGUAUUUCAAUUGUCUGUUUAGUGAAAAAUAAAGAAACCUGUAAUUUUUGGCUUA